CCCUGCUACUCGCACACUCUCAUUUCUGAGUACAUCAACUGGUGAACAGCUGAGUCCGUGCUCAGACAGAUUUAAACUAGAAACAAAGUCUAACUCCGGACAAGAUAAAGCUCGUCUGCUUGUUGAGCCGUUGGUGAAAGUGCCAAAACAACCGUGCGUAAUUACGCAUAAUAAAACAAUGAGUGCCACAGACGCUAUGGAAGUGAACGCCGAAGCCAGAAGGAUCUUGGCCGUGUCGAUAAGCAAGCUGUACGCCUCCAGGACCCAGAGAGGCGGAUUGAGACUCCACAGGAGCCUUCUGCUCUCCCUGGUCAUGAGGUCUGCUCGGGACAUCUACCACUCCUCCCGGGAGAGCGAGGGGGCAAGCUGCGCUCAGCCAACACCGGAGGAGCCGAUGGACACCAGCUCCAGCCAGGGGGAACAAACCGGGCUGCCCGAGCCGCAGCCCGAGCCCCAGCCGGCACUGAACUCAGCCGAGCCGCCCCCAGAGGAGCUGGACAGUGAGGAGGAAGAGUGUGAUAGUGAAAUCACAGAGGACAAAGAGAACUUGAGCCCUGUGAGGCAGUCCAGGAAACGCCGGGGCAAGGCGUCGGCGGCGCCUGACUUCCUUCCCAGCAAGAGGGCGAGGCUGGAGCCCGGGGAGGAGAGGUAUGCGGCCCUGCUGGGCAGCUGUCGCGCCGGGGAGUCCAUGUCCGCUUUGUCUCUAAAUCGGGUUAUACCUGCCUUCUGAACAGAUGGAGGGAAAAAAUAGCCUCCAAUGAGACUUUGGAGUGGAGUAAUUCUCAACUCCUCGUUAACCUAUAAGGGCGGUUUGAUCCCUUGGCGCACCAAGGAGCUGACCUACAUCGGCGGUCCCUGAACAAAGGGAUUACCGGGGGCAUGGUGCGAGCUCUCCGGUCGAGCUGACUGUGCCUGCCGGGCUGGUAAAGCCCCUACAGAGAUCAACGAGAAGGAGAAGUAAAACCGGGCCAAAGGGAGCUACAGGCCGGAAAGUUUGAGGAAGAAACUGAAGGGGAACUGGCUGUGUUGGGUGUUGUUUCCCAGUGAUUCACCUUCAGUAAAAUGCGUCCAAACAAGUGACUGCUGCUGACUCAAAGCGUGUGUAUGUGUGAAUCAAAAGACAGUGAUGUGAGUCAGUCAGAGAAGAAGUGAAGUGCUACACGGUUGACCACAGAGCAACUCACACACAACUAGGACUUCAGGGAAUUUCCUGCGUUUGUAGGGGAUAUCAGACUCAGACACUGAAAUAAGGACAGUUGAGGCAGACUCACUGCCACACACACAUUUACACACAUAUUCAACUGCUGCUGUGGACUUUGAUUAAUCAAUACUACUGCUUGGGGACUGUCCAGUAUACUGUGUUCACAUGGUGCUUAAAACAACAGGCUGUCCACAUGGUGUUGGAAGCCCAGUAAUCUAAACGUUCUGUGUUUUUAUGUCACCGAAAUGUUCUUGUUCAUGUCUGACCUGUGAAGAAAUAAUAUUACCUCACAUUCCAAGCUGCUUUUUUAUAUGAUUGAAUUAUUGGUGUAAAAAUUUGUAAUAAACACGUUGAAAGGGUA